GCUGGCCAGCCCUCCUGACCGCUUUGAUGGGUCGGGAGGACGGGCAUGUCUACUACUCCACGGAGCCCAUCCUGAAGUCACCGACUGCGGAUUGGGUCAUCCGCUGCGUGGAAAGCAUGGAGCAAGCGUACGCGCGGCUCCAGCUCCUGCUCACGCCUUCCUUUUUUAAG